ACAUGUGUUUGUUAAAUAUCACACUUUAUCUUUUCAGUUUUCCAAGUUAAAUGGUUUAUAUUUUCAAACGUAUUUUGAAUGAUUUAUUAAUAUUUUAGUCAAUAAUUUUCGUUGAAUUUAAAUUAUCUUCACAAAAUGAGUGGUGCAUUUCCAGAUGAACAAUUAUACGAUGAGUUUGGUAAUUAUAUCGGACCAGAUAUAGAAUCAUCUGAGGAUGAUUCUGAACCCGAGGUUGAAGAUGUCGAUGAGGAAAUGGAUGAUCGUGAUGAUGAUAGGGGAAAAGGUGCUAUGGGUACCGGUGAUGCUUCUGAUGAUGAUGACAAUGAGCCAACUGGUAAUGAGAUUGUCUUGCAUGAGGAUAAGAAAUAUUACCCAUCGGCAGAGCAAAUUUAUGGACCUGAUGUAGAAACUUUAGUUCAAGAAGAAGAUAACCAGGCAUUGACUGAGCCAAUCAUUAAAUCGGUCAAAACAAGCACAUUUUCCCACCAAAUUUCGGAUAUACCUCAAACAACUUAUAGCUUGGAGUUCAUGACUGAUCUGAUGGAUACACCAGAUCUUAUCAGAAAUGUUGCGCUUGUCGGACAUCUUCAUCAUGGCAAGAGUACAUUUAUUGACUGUAUAGUUGAACAAUCUCACGUUGAUCUUGGUCAAAAAGACGGCAAAAGUUAUCGGUAUACAGAUACUCUCUAUACUGAACAAGAGAGAGGAGUAAGCAUCAAGGCUUCGCCUAUUACCAUCGUAAUGCAGAAUUUGAAAAGUAAAUCAUUUCUGAUUAAUCUUCUUGACACUCCUGGUCAUGUUAACUUUUCAGAUGAAGUUACUGCAGCGAUUCGAUUAUCUGAUGGAGUUGUAUUGUUUGUAGAUGCUGCUGAGGGUGUUAUGCUUAAUACAGAAAGAUUGUUAAAGCAUGCUAUUCAAGAAGGUUCAGCUCUUACUCUUUGUAUAAACAAGAUUGAUCGACUGAUAACGGAACUAAAACUGCCUCCUCUUGAUGCAUACUAUAAACUGAGACACAUAGUUGAUGAGAUCAAUGGAUUGAUUCAAUUGUAUUCUGAUGAAGAAGAUCGAGUGGUACUAUCGCCUUUAUUUGGUAAUGUAUGCUUUGCAACAUCACAAUUUCACGUUUGUUUCACACUUAAAUCAUUUGCUUAUCAUUAUGCUGAAACCUAUGGUAACUCAUUCAAUCCUGAUGAAUUUGCUGCCCGGCUUUGGGGAGAUGUUUACUUUGACAAUACUAAUCGAAGAUUCACGAAAAAAGCACCAACAAAUGCUUCACAGAGAAGUUUCAUCCAAUUUAUUUUAGAGCCAAUUUACAAACUAUUUGCGCAAGUGGUUGGUGAUGUUGAUACAGUUUUACCUGAUCUUAUUGGUGAGCUUGGUAUCCGAUUAACGAAAAGUGAGGCUAAACUGAAUAUAAGACCUUUGCUUCGUCUGAUUUGUCAAAGAUAUUAUGGCAAUUUCAAUGGAUUUGUGGAUAUGCUUGUUGAACAUGUGCCUUCUCCAAACUCAAAUUCAAAACAUCGAAUUGAAACAACAUGGAAAGGCCCGAUUAGCUCGCCGUUAGCUCAAGAAAUGAUCAAAUGUGAUCCUAAUGGAGUUCUGGUUGUACACACGACUAAACAAUAUUCAACCCAAGAUGCAUCAACUUUCCAUGUGUUUGGACUUGUGGUAAACGGAACUCUGCAAGCUAAACAAACCGUAAAGAUAUUGGGUGAAGGUUAUUCAAGCUUAGAUGAAGAGGAUUCUCGAAUGAUGACCGUUGGUCGCUUAUGGAUUUAUGAGUCAAGAUAUAGUAUUGAGGUUAAAGAAGUUCCCUGUGGUAAUUGGGUACUCAUCGAAGGUAUCGAUCAAGCAAUUGUGAAAACAGCCACCAUUGUUGAUCCUUCUUAUGAUGGUGAACUUUUCAUCUUUAAACCCCUUAAAUUCAAUACUCAAUCAGUUAUUAAAAUCGCCGUAGAACCUGUUAAUCCAUCAGAAUUACCUAAAAUGUUAGAAGGUCUACGUAAAUGUAACAAAUCAUAUCCAUUAUUACAAACUAAAGUAGAAGAAAGUGGAGAACACGUAAUCUUAGGUACUGGUGAAUUAUACCUUGACUGUGUUAUGCAUGAUUUGCGAAAAAUGUAUUCAGAAAUUGACAUCAAAGUUGCCGAUCCUGUUGUAUCUUUCUGCGAAACUGUCGUAGAAACAUCAUCACUUAAAUGUUUUGCCGAAACACCAAAUAAAAAAAAUAAACUAACAAUGAUUGCCGAGCCUUUGGAGAAAGGACUAGCUGAAGAUAUUGAAAACCAAAUUGUUCAAAUUAACUGGCCUAAGCGGAAGCUUGGUGAAUUUUUCCAGAAAAAGUAUGAUUGGGAUUUGCUUGCUGCUCGAUCCAUUUGGGCCUUUGGACCAGAUCAAAGUGGCCCUAAUAUUCUCGUUGAUGAUACGCUUCCUUCUGAAGUUGAUAAAAAUUUACUUGGCAUGGUAAAAGACAGUAUCGUUCAAGGUUUCCAAUGGGCCACCCGUGAAGGUCCACUUUGUGAAGAACCCAUUCGUAAUGUAAAAUUUAAAAUUUUAGAUGCAGUAGUAGCAAAUGAACCAAUUCAUCGCGGUGGUGGUCAAAUUAUUCCGAGUGCUCGUCGUGUUGCUUACUCUGCUUUUCUUAUGGCAACUCCUCGUCUUAUGGAACCCUAUUAUUUUGUGGAAGUUUUGGCACCAGCUGAUUGUGUUUCUGCUGUUUAUACAGUAUUAUCUAAACGUAGAGGUCACAUUACACAAGAUAUUCCCGUUCCAGGCUCACCUUUAUACACAGUGAAGGCUUUUAUUCCUGCCAUUGAUUCAUUUGGCUUUGAGACUGAUCUUCGAACUCAUACUCAAGGCCAGGCGUUUUGCCUUUCAGUUUUCCAUCAUUGGCAAAUUGUUCCUGGUGAUCCAUUGGAUAAAUCAUUCGUAAUUAGACCAUUAGAGCCGCAACCAGCUCCUCACUUGGCUCGAGAGUUCAUGAUAAAAACUCGAAGACGAAAAGGAUUAAGUGAAGAUGUGACAAUCAACAAAUUUUUCGAUGACCCUAUGCUACUCGAACUUGCUAAAGCUGAUGCCAUGAGUUUGUAAUUAAUUUUAACAAAUUCUGUCAUUUGUACCUUUCCAUCAUCUCUCAUUUUCAUUUAUAUCUUAUCAUUCUUCCGCAACUGUAAAUUUCAAUCAAAGUGAGAAAGUGUUAAGAGCUGAACACUGAAUAAUUGACACUCAAUCAUUAAUGUUAUUAGAUAGACAUUGAGCAAGCAUCUUGCAACUUGCUAAAUACUUGAUUGAAAAUUUCCCUUUCCAUUGAUAUUAACCGUUUCCAAAAUGAAAAAUAAAAUAAAAUCUUAAAUGUUUACAAA